AUGGGGUACUACUCAACAGAUAUCUACAAGAGCUUUAGAUUCUCCACAGAAUCCAUAGCAAGUGCAAAGAAAAAGUUUUGGAGCGACUAUUUGUUCCAGCACUGUCAGCCAGCAGUUCACGAGGAUGAUGUACCAGAAAGAACCAUAACGGUGUUACAACAAGAACUUGGAGUUGAGGGCCUUGAGAUUAACUACAAUGGCCAAUGGAUUCCUGUGAAGCCAGUUGAAGGUGCAUUAGUCAUUAAUGUAGCAGACAUGCUCCAGGAGUUUCUUCUUCUCUUGGUAGCGAUCGAUUAUAGCAAGGGAGAGAAGUUUCAGAGUUGUCCAAUGGCUGCAUUGUUGAGAUCCUUUGUUGUUCUCCUGCUUGUCGUCGUCACGGUGGAAGCGCGCUCCUGGUCUCCGCUCUACGGCACCAACGCGGGAGUGGGAUUCAACGACACGAGUUCUUCCUCGGCGAUCAAAACUCUCACCGCAAUCCGCGUACACUACGGCUGGGUGAUCGACGGCAUCCAGGGACAAUACGCCACCGGCAGCUCUUCAACCUGGAUGGCUAACCACGGCACAACCACGCAAUUCACAGAGAUCCAAGUCGCCUAUCCGUCCGAGAGGUUCGUGCGCGCCACCGGCAAGUACGGGCCGUACAGCAGCGAGAAGAACCAGGGGGUCACGGUGACGGAGCUGUCGUUCGUCACGUACAACAACAUCACCGGCAAGAGCGUCACGUACGGCCCGUACGGCGGGCAUGAGACGAGCGGCCAGACGAGCUUCCAGACGGCGGCCGCGAGCGAGAUCGUGGGCUUGUAUGGAUUCACCUCGGACUACAUGCGCGGGAUUGGUUUUGCGCUCGAGCCUUAG